AUGCGAUUUAUGAUAAAUCCUUCAAAUGUACUGCCCGACUCGUUAUUGUUUGUUGAAGUUUUUGGAAUGAUUUCGAAUUACUUGUUGACGGAUUGUGAACACGAUGGAGAUAUGAUCGCUGAACUUUGUCAGAUGAUGCAAGAAUUGUUCCAAAAUAAUUACGAACAGUAUAUUGUUAGCAAAUUACAUGCAAGUUUUCUUCAUCGCUUCGAAUACUACUUUUUCACUUUUGUUUCAGGAACUACUUUUCCAUCUUCCACACUGUCACUUUGUUAUUUGGGAAUCCAGCAUUGGUUUCAACAUCUGGGUUCGAAACAUUGUAUCGAUAUUUGCUCCACAAUUCCGAUUUCCACGCAUCGAUCACGAAAAAUUUCGUGCGAAUCGCGUCUUCGAGGUUUGUCAGCUUUGGUUUCAUUUUUCGACUCAAAAAAACCGUUGUUCAUUGUAAGAUUUGUGGUCAACAUAUUCAUGAGAGAAGAAGUCAGAAUUAG